UUCAGUUUUGAACAACAACAAUUUUGAGUUUGUAAACCGUCUCGCGAAUUAUAAAGUCGAUAACGUGUGAUGUGAUGUGAUUUGAUUGUUUGCGACUUUUAAAUUCUGAGGAAAAUCCAACGCUGCUACAGGAUAAAUUCUGCACUUAUCUGAUUCCGUGUAUUUUCAGCUUUGAAUAGGCUGUGUAGGAAGAUGUCAUCGCCCAACUGUACAAUCAACUUCAGCGAAGCUUCAAGCUAUCAGCUCGAUGAGGAUUUCUUCGAAUUGGUUGAUAUAGAUAACCAAGUGUGCAAGCUACAAGCGUUACUAGAAAAUGAAGAGCUUGCUCUUGAUACGAAAUGCUUGCUAGAAACAUUGAAACAAUGUCUCUCCAGAUAUACAGUUGAAUCGCUUGAUGAGCAAGUUUUCAAAAAAAUUCUGCCAAAAGCUCAACACUUUCUAUUACAGAUCGUAAGCUCCAUAGACGACACAGUAAAGAACGAUGCGAGAAUCGAUGAUCUGGAUAAUGUUACGCACAAACUACGUAUCUGUGAUGGUAUGCUUGUCUUCUGGAAGGAAUGCAUAGAACAUGUAUCCACACUUGGAAAAGUUCGAGCUGUUUACAUCACAUCAUUAUGCGACAUUUUACCUGAAACGAUCAAAGUCGUUUUUGAGCAUUGCAAAACCAGCCCAAAAUAUGGAGUAUUAUUGAGCGGUGCCAUGCAAGAAUUGAGAAAUUUAUUCACAAAAGGAGGCGCGAUCUUUAAGCUGUUCUUUGCCACUUUGGACGGCGUAAUCGUUUUCGACACGGAUGUGCAAUCGGAAACGGAGCUGUUGACGAAAGUAAUCGAUGCAUAUGGUAACAUCGCUUCCAUUGCAAACGGUAUGGAUACCAAGACGUUUGUUGAUUUAUCCGAAGCAUUCGCUAAGCUGGCGAUCACUUAUCAUGAUGAUAUUAAACCAAACAGCGUCAUAAUACAUCUCACUCAAAUGGCGAAAGAUGUAUCUUGUCUUUUGUCCACGAUCAAGGAUCAAAAGGAUAAGAAUGCGGAACGAAGUAUAAUGGUUGCUAUGCGUUUGCUGAAAAUCCUCGAGAAAUUAACAACUGUCUACAAUGAACAUCUUACAUCCGAAACGAUGCCAUGUCUGCUAGAAUUUUUGGCGUAUAUGCAUGGAUAUUCAUGCUUCGGUUUAACAAAACGGGAUGAAAGAAUCUCGAUCAAUGCCACGAUUUUCCUAGAUAUCAUCUUUAAACACUAUGAUUUCAAGCAGGUAUAUUUCCAGUAUGGAAAGCAAAUUGUCUCACAUGAUCAAUAUGUAAAUUAUUAUUUAUUGACAAUAGCUAUUAUGAAAAAACUGAACAACAUGCCAUACGAGCAUUGUUGCAAAUGGUUUUUAGAUUCAGAUUCGAUCUUAGACGUCGCACUGACAUAUAUAGAAUAUCUUGGAGAAGAAAUCUGUAUCGGAGAGUUUAGAUUAUCAGGCAUUGAUGAGAUCGGUGGAUCACGGUUGAUCAGUGUCUAUGAGGCAACUUUAAUCUUUUUUUGCAAUCUUAUCAGCAAAAUUCAAUUAAAAGACUUUCACACACUCGAGACACUUUUGCUAAAGCAUCUGUUGUGUGGUCACUUUUGGAGCUCUCUGUUAAGCUCGGAUGUUUGGUGUUUUAUUGCCAGACUCGGGACUUCACAGUUGUGCGCCGAUCAUAUCAAACAUCUGUUCAAAGUAUCCGUCAUUUUAAUAGAAAGACAUGAUAGCAUAGAAGCAAUCAUGCUAGAUUACAUGAUUAUCAGUCUAUUUGAACUAUUAAACGAAGACAUGAAAUUUUCCCUUCUCGGAAAUCUUAUCGAGAAUCUGGAUACAAAUAAUUACGCACCUAUCGUGUAUUUACUAGUAGGAAAAACUAAAGGUUUUCUUACGAAACAAUUAUCCCAUAAACUCGGGGAUUUGUCGAAGGCUUUUUUGGAUCUGCAAGAACAUCCUUCUACUCGAAAUUGGAAACGACUUAUACAAUCCAUAUCAACGAUAAUAAUGAUAGAUUACAGGGAUAAUAAGGACAUUAUUGAAAUCUUAACUAAAAUAUGGACUUUCGUGGAAAGUGCGAUCAUCGUUUGCGAGGGCAAACAAUUAGAUAUACUAUCUGAUUUGUUCGUUAGUUUGCUCGAUGUCACUCAUCUUGGAUGUUUUCAGGAUAAUACGUUUUGUUCGAUUUUGAAGUCUAUCGCGACCUCGUGCAUUUAUCUGCCUCCUCCGGGCAAAAUCAAAAUCUGCCAUUUUCUACGACGAUGCAUCGAGGAUUUUGAUCAUUGCAGAGUGCAGAGCGUCGCGCCUAUUUUGAUUGAGUUGUUGGUUCAUCUGUUGGAACACGAAAACUCCUGGGUACGUCAGGAAGCUCUAGAGACCUUCGAGCAUAUGGGACAAAAAUGUUCGGAGCAACUAGUCGCUAAAGUAGCAAAGGCUCUGGCUAAGAUGCCGAACAUUAGCAGCAUCAUGCAAGCUUAUUUGUCCUCGAAACCCUAUUAUUCCCUGGAAGGCUUCGCAAAUAUGCAAAACUAUCUUAGAUAUUUAGUUACAGCUAUCCAAAGUCGCGGCGAGCAUACGUGCUACGAGUACAAUGAAUCCGAGAGAGAGGAGAAGAUACCAAGGCUGGAAAAAGAGGAAACCUCAUGCGAUGUUAUUAUGCCAAUAUCAGUACAACUGGACGAACGAGCGGAAGAAUUGUGCAACGGAUUGACAAAGUCUGACUAUUGGUCUGCCGUUUGACAAACGUCCAUUAGAAUCACACACAAUUUAGGUCUAUUAACCUAAACUUGUAAGGUCCGUUUCAUCCAUGGAUAUAACCGUAAGAUGAUCUCCCUACUGUUUUACUGCGAAUUAAAAUUCAUUAAAUAUGUUUACUGCGUACAGCAUUUGCUUACUUUCCGAGAAUUAAUAUGCGCUGAAGAUGACUUAAAUAUAAGUCGAAACGUCCGCUCUUAAAUUGUCUAAACAUCUAUGUAUUAUUAAUACUGAA